AUGACGGCCAUUUCCACCCCCGACCAGCACGCCUCUUCUACUGCCACAGCGGCAAGGCAAGAUCGCGAUAUCGCGCCUGCGACAUGCUCUAAAGUUGCAGAGCACGGAGACAGACCACCUGCUCCAGCUCUGAUGUCUCGGCAUCCGUCCCAAUCUCCUGCAUAUGAAGCCACAGGCGAUGGCCCAAAUGAGGCAAUUCUUAUCUCCACUGAUUCGGAAUCGGAGUCCAUGUCGGAGUCGGACGGCGAAACGGACGAUGACGUUCCGUCUCUCAAGACAAUGUAUGAACGUAUCGACAAGGUGACUACAACACAGCCUACUACUUCGUCAGGUUCUCAAGUCGAAGACGACUUGGAUGGGGCUAUACAAUGCUCCUGUUCCGCUUUUCCCACCACCUCGCCCCCUCCAAGGCAGGCGUCUAGGGAUGAGCCAGACUUGAGUCGGUGCUCACCAAGUAUACCCACUGAGGUAGCUGAGCAAGGCCGUGGGCAGGCAGAGGACGCAGACGUGUCACUCUCAAGCCAUCGUGACAAUCGUGAACCGAGCUGCUGUGCCGAGCUGCCGCGGCAGACUCAGCCGCAUGAGGGCGCCACUCACAACGGUUCAGCGUACAUCGAUGGCGACGACAACAUCGCUGAUGAUGGCGAAGGUGAUAGCCUCCCCCGCGAUGCCGACAGCGACAGCAGCAGCAACAGCGACGCCGGUAAUGACGGCGAUGACGAUGACUACAACGAUGACGGAAGUUUUAGCGAUAGCGACGGCGAGGAUGGCGGCCACCAUAUAAAGCGCAGGGCGGACCAGUCGCCUUCAGUGACCAGUUCCGACGAUGGUCAUGCUGACGAGCCUCCUGAUGACAAUAUGGCGGUGAAGACCCCUAGACCGCACAAACGCCAGAAGGUCGCCCAUGACGGAGCAGACAUGAGGGAUGUCUGCGGUCAGAACCCUAUGCCUCGCUCUAGAGGACCUCCGCUACGAUCGCCUAGACGGGCUCAGACAGCCGGCAUGCUUAGCCCACCAGCCUCUCACAGCCUGUCCGAAUCUGAGAGCGAGAAUGGCUCAGAUCGCAGAAAGGCGUCUUCCAACGAGUGCAGGCGCAUUCUUGCACUAGCCGGCGACGGCGGCGACCGCACAAACUGGUCAAGAGCAAGGCCAGGGGUCGAAAAGCAAGGGAUGAGACGAAAGGUCGACGAUGUGGACACGGAAGAUGUUUCUCGGUACGGCGCGUAA